GCGAGGUCGAAUCGGCCGACGCUUAUUUUAACAUGCAUCCGAUGUGAAGAUUCGAAAUUGGAAAUGUGUUUUUUGUGUGGUUCCUCUAUACUGCCUGUAGGCACCAAAAGCACCAAUACUGUUUCCUCUGACGGACAGAUCGAGGAUUUAGUUUCGUCAGUGUGUCUGAAGAGCCAACAACCAUCAGCAGCCAAGAUGGACAUGUCCGAAAGUGCGUGGACAGACUGGGGUUCCCUAGUAUUCAAGUGGUUGCUACUUGUCGCGAUUCCGGUGGUUUAUUAUUGGAUAUGGAGUCGAUCCACAUUUGUACAACUUGUCAAUGCUAUUCCUGGACCUCGACCUAUCCCAUUUCUCGGCAACGUUCUCGACUUGUACGUCGAUCGUGAUGAGUUUCUCAAGAUCGUUCACAUUGACUGGAUUCGUAAGUAUGGGAGUAUCUACCGCGCAUGGGGUGGUACUCGUCCGGUAGUUGUUAUUUCUUCACCUGAACUAAUGGAACCAAUUCUGGUCAGCCAGAAACUCAUCACCAAAGCAACCGAGUAUAGUUUCCUCAGCACUUGGCUCGGAGAGUGCAUGUUUCUAACCACAGGAACCCGUUGGAAGAAUCGCCGUCGCUUGCUCACACCUGCUUUCCACUUUCAAAUUCUCAACAGUUUUGUCGAUGUUUUCAACGAAAAGAGUUUUGACUGCGGUCGUGAAUUUGAACGAGCCAUCGUGCAACACGGUGGAAAGGAAUUCGAUGUUUUCCCUAUCAUUACCCAGUGCGCAUUGGAUAUCAUUUGCGAAACAUCAAUGGGGAAACAGACGAGAGGAGAGGACGAAAAAGCACUUUACGUGCAAAAUCUGCACAGAAUUGGCCAGAUUGUUAUGGAACGAGGCAUCCGCCCUUGGCUAAGGCUUGAUUGGAUAUACCAAUUCAGUGCACUUGGCCGUGAAAAUAAGCGAUGCGUGAAAGCGCUGCAUAAUUUCACCAACAAGGUUAUAAACGAUCGACGUGAAGCUUUGCAGAAGGAACUCUCGUCUUCCGAGUCAAAUAAUAAUUUCAACAACAAUUACACCGACGACAGCUCAAACGAUUCUCUGACAUCGAAGAAGAGAUUGGCCUUCCUUGAUCUGCUCAUUGCUGCUUCAGAAAAUGGCGCCAACCUAAGUGACGACGACAUAAGAGAAGAAGUUGACACUGUUAUGUUUGCGGGACACGAUACAACUGCUUCUGCCAUGACUUGGUUUCUCUAUUGUUUGGCCAUGCAUCCACAUCACCAGGAUCUAGUGACUGAAGAGGUGGACCAGAUUUUUGGCGACUCGGAUCGUCCAUGUUCUAUCCAAGACGUGGCCGAGCUCAAAUAUUUAGAGUGUUGCAUCAAAGAAACUUUGAGAUUGUAUCCUAGUGUACCAGCUGUCAUGCGCUACAUCACAGAAGACAUCCAUGUUGGUGGCUACAAAAUACCAGCCGGAGUCUCAGUUUCAUUGAUGAUAUAUGGAAUGCAUCACAACCCUCUGGUCUAUCCGGAUCCGCAAACUUUCAAUCCGGAACGUUUCCUACCAGAAAACGUUCUCGGUCGUCACCCGUACGCUUUCGUCCCUUUCAGUGCAGGGCCUCGCAACUGUAUAGGUCAAAAGUACGGUUUACUUGAAAUCAAAAUUGUGUUGGCUAACUUGCUGCGUCGAUUCCGGUUUUCCGUCGCGGAUCCAUCUAAACCGAUGCUCAUUCCCUCCAGUGAAGUCGUGCUGAAGCCUAAACAAGGCGUUCCACUAAUUGUGUCGAAAAGAGCUGCAAAUUAAGACACGCAACAUAUCUCGAAGAUUGCCAAGCGAGGCUCUUGAUUGAUGCAAAGAAGAGAUUUUUCGGAACAAUAACGCAGCUUUUUUAAAAAAUAACUCCGUAGAAAAUUUGAUUACGAGAAUGUUGAAAAAUAGUCCUACUCCGUUGACAGGACAAGAUGUAAGAUUUUUCUAUAUACAGUAAAUAAACUGAUAUAAACUA